UGCAGUUUUCCACUGAGGUCUGGAUACCGAACUUUCAGCCAUGAAGGUAACAAGCAUCUUUCUUCUCAGUGCCUUGGCCCUGUUGAGCUUAUCUGGUAACACUAGAGCUGGCUUGGUGGGAAGAGAGGCUAAAUGUAACACUGAAACAACUGCAUGUACGAAGAUCUAUAAUCCUGUCUGCGGGACUGAUGGAGAAACUUAUUCUAAUGAAUGUGUGUUAUGUGUUCAAAAUAAGAAGCACCAGAUCCCUGUCCUCAUUCAAAAAUCUGGACCUUGCUGAGAACCAAGGUUCUAAAAUCUCCUGUGGUUCCCACAAUGCCUAGCGGAC